ACUAGACAAGACAAAAGACAGAAUCCAAAAAGCGUUGCAGGUAACUUUUACCACACAAAAACUCAACAGUUUUAAAGUUGAAACCCAUGAUUCCUACGGCAGCACAAGAUUUAACAGCGUUAUAGUUGAGCCCAGCCUCCCUCCCCUCUAUAGUCUUCGGUUAUGUAAGGUGUUAUUUAUAGCGCAUAGCUUCCUCUCCGCCACGGUUUCUCUAAACCUGCGUUCGAAAUUACUUUGAAUCUCUCUAAUUUAGUACAGUCUAGGAGGACAUUCUACUUCAUCGUUAAGGUAAGUUGAUUUAAGCUCGACUGUCUUCGAAAGACUAGGUUUCAGAUCAAAGAAAGAGAUUAAUUUUUCUUUUUAUUUAGUUUGUCUACUUCCUGGCUACAAUGCAAGUCUAAGUAUUUUAUCGUUCCCUUAUUUGCUUCUGAUAAACACAUAAAUUUUAACAUUUUAUCCACUUGGUACAAAUUCCAAGUUAGGUUUCCCUGAGAAUUCGAAAUGCCUGCCAUCGAACGAUUCCGUCUUUUAAAGGAUCAUUUGUUUUGCAGUUCUAGACGGGAUGUUACUAAAACGGGGAACGGGGAGCGGGGAGCGGGGAGCGGGGAACGGGGAACGGAAGUCUGGGAACGAGUUGUCAGCGGAAACCUCCAUAAAAAUCCAAAAUGGCCGGUAAGGAUCAAGAACGCGGUAAGAUCGAUGAUAGAGAAGCGUAGAAACAACACUUAAGGUCGCUAUCUUACUAAUGAACUAUAUGCUCAUGAGGUGCUUGAAAUAAUACGGAGGUAAUAAUGUCAUGACAUUUUUCACCUUUCUGCGUUUUACUAAACAACAAAAUAUGCUCCAACAGCAGUUGAAAGAAGCUACAGUCGGGACAAAAACUCUCAAAGCACAGCCAUAUUUGGAACUCAAGCAAAUCUAUACUGGGUCUAACUCACAAAGCAAUGAACUACUUUUGCUUGACGCUUUUCGUAGGGUUUUGGCUUAAAUACAUGCCUAAAGAUAACGUAGAUCGAAGCAGCCAGGUGUAUUUCCUCGACAGUAAUAGUGUAGCAGUGGAGCUCCAACCUAGCUGUAGCGUUUUUUCAAGCCCAAAUUAAAACAUGUUGGCGAUGAGAUAAAACUGUAAGUCUAAUAAUAUUAUAUUUACAAACCUAUGAUGAGAAGUAAGUGCAAUUGUAUUAUUUGAAAAGAUAAGAUGGAUCAGGUUAUUUAAUACAUCAAUAAAAAGGCAACUUUAAACAUAUUAACGGGCAAUGUGCCAGGAACAUCAAUCAUACCUUGGUCUUAAAGAUGUCAGUUGUUUCAAAGCAAAUGGCUAUGCUGUGGUUUUAUUUUAUUAUAACCUAGGUUUAAAUUUUGCUUCCCUUUGUUUGGGAAUGCGGUAAUAUGAAUUUUAUGAUUAUGAGUUCAAAACAAAGAGAAUAAAAUUCAAACUUAGGAUAAAAGUGACCACAACUGAGCUGCAAUAUUAAGUGUUGCAAGUAUACGUGGGGGAAGUACUUUAAAGUCUUUGGUUGGAAGGUACUUUCUAAAGGCUAACUGUUAAAAUAUGCAUGGUAAGUAUACUUCCUCUGUUUAGCCCUCUGAAUGCUUUUUUUUUUCUAGGGGGACUCCUUUAAUGUUUUUGCAGAGGGGAGCUCUGCUUCUCUUUAAUGAACAUUAUUUUUACUGUGGAAAAAAAUAUUUCAAGCUCAGUGUAAAACUGAAUGUAUCAGUGACUUAAACCAGUUAAUAUUGUCAAGCUGCUUUAUUAGCUUGAUUCAGUAAUAUUGCAGUGCACCUACCAUCAAGCAUCACAUCAUUAAUGUUGCAGAGGUUGGCAGCUUAUUAGAAGGUGGUUGAUAAGCCUUCAAGCAAGCUGUCUGUAGUUUUGGAAAUAAAGAAGUCUAAGGUCUCACACAAGUGAUGGGAAGCAAAAGAUUGGAGUGCCGAUAUGUUUUUCAGUAAACACGCGCAACUGUAUGUGUAUAGUGGCCACAUUACGCAUACUCAGUGCAUGUAAAAUAACACAAUAGAUCUUGCUACCCAUUUUCCCUGAUUUUAUUUCCCCUCCAGGGGACAUAAUUUCUUUUAACAUAUCGGGGUUUUCAAAAAAGGGCAAAGAAGCUUUUAAAUGAAUUUUAAUUCAUUUAAUGAAGCACAGUAUCAAAGAAAUUAAAAAGAAGAAUCAGACUAGAGUAACAGUAACCCAGAGGGGAGGGGGGCGGGGUACUCACCAAAGAGGCUCUGCCCCAGGGACCAACCCUUUACCCUUUGUAUGUACCAUUUUAGACAGAAAAGGUACCCCUUUUGCACACCCUCUAGUGACAAAUGGUACCCCUUUCACAAACCUAAUUUUGAAUGCUGCAUCCCUUUUUAACUGCUGUAAAUACAUCAUCUAUACAAUAUGAAUAAAUAGCUAAAACAGGUUUUCUUGUCUCUCGCAUCCAUAAACUGCAUCUGUGACUGAUCUCAUUUUGGUCCCUUUCAUAUACUUCAACUAUAAAAACCCCUUCCCUUUCAUGUACCUGAAGCCUGAAAAAGGCUUCAGGCUCUGUUUAGGCCAUUAUAGUACCCCCUCCUCCUGCACCGAGAAAAGUACUUGAUACAGCGAUAUUGUAUGGUAUGAAUUGCACCAAACGUUUCGUGCCCAUGAAGAGGUACUUUGAUUAUUUUACAACAUUUUUCUUCAAAAGGGAGGGGUUUGGGAUCUCAUUCUUAGGGGGGGCAGGGGGUUAAUUGAGGAUCUGCAGUGAGUGAGAAUGUUGCAUUCAAUGCAAUCCAAUCAUGGUUUUGAUUCAGGAAAGGGUCGUCAGGGGUAUUUCGCAGAAAGACAAAUGGCCACUGUACGACUUUGAAGCAGUUACUGAUUAGGGUGAGGAAAAUGAGUGAAUUAGGUUCCAUUAGGGUCAUUAUACUGGUCUAUACUGGGCAAACUGACGUGAAACAAAUUGUUUCACAAAGUAAUAAAAUGAUAUUAUUUUAUUUUCAUAGAUCAGUGAAACACUUCAAUAUCGUGAAUGCUUGCAGUGUAGUGGAUCUAAUAAUAUUAAAAGCAGAACCAGAUUGUUAAAGUAGUCUAAUUAUGUGAUGACGUGGUCAAUAACAUUUUUCAAAGCAGUCAUCUCUAUCAAAGGAAAUAGAAGAAGUCUGCACACAAGCUACCUGACUACUUCGAUGUAUGUUAUCUAUCAUGGAAAAGUAGUUCAUUGCUUUGUGGGUUAGACUCAGUAUAGAUUCGCUUGAGUUCCAAAUAUGGCUGUACAUGUGCUUUGAGACUUUUUUUCCCGAUUGGCUUCUUUCAACUGCUGUUGGAGCAUAUUUUGUUUCCUACGGAUAAUUGUUUAGUAAAACGCAAAAAGGUGAAAAACGUCAUGAAGUUAUUACCUCCGUAUUAUUUCAAGCACCUCAUGAGCAUAUAGUUCAAGUAAAAUAACGCCGUUAUCAGUUAAGUUUGUUUCGACGGUUCUCUAUCAUCGAUCAUCGGCCAUAUUGGAUUUUUAUGGAGGUUUCCGCUGACAACUCGUUCCCAGACUUCCGUUCCCCGUUCCCCGCUCCCCGCUCCCCGUUCCCCGUUUUAGUAACAUCCUUCUAGACGGAAGCUCGUAACGUGAUCUGGAUGACUUUCAUUUUUUGAUUUUGAAAUUGCAUCCUGCUUCUUCCAAUUACAAUACAACACCGGAUUAGUCGCCUGCAUCCUAGUUCUGGACCCCAAUAUAAUAAAAUAACAGAAAAAGCUUUUGAUAUAUUUGGAAUUAACAAGGGUUUGAAGGAAAACAUACUCUCAAUCGCAUCGAGAAGUGUUUUUUUUUUUCUAGAACAACUGUAUCAUGCCCGGAGGAGAUGGUGGAGGGGGGUCUGGGGGGGGGUGUUAGAGGCACUCAAAGAACGUUUUGGUAGGUGAAUGGCGCCGAGGCCUAGGCAACUAUGACCCUUUCUACUACCCUGUUUGACCCUAUUUAGACCGGGCUUUAUGCGUCUUUCGACCGGGGGUGGUGGAGUCUCCGGAGUUCCCCCUUUAUAGUUAAAAAAACCGCUCGUGAUACGGCCAUCAAAAUCGCACAACGCAUUUCCAACAUCCAGGCGAAAUAAACGGAGAACCACUUGAAAAGCUGUACAGAGCAAUAUAUUCAGGGAUCAUCUUUCCCUAUUCCUCGGCAUAAAAUGAAAGACAAGUUUCCCGUCUCAAAUUUUCACAGCAACAAAACUUUAAUGCUUUAAAGAAAGGAGACACAAUUACUAAUGGAAGAAGCAAGACGGCUGUUUAUCGUUUUAUUUAUUUCGUUGUUUUACUCAUUGUUCAGGGGCAAGUUCUCAGCACCACUCACCUUCCAUCCCUAAAAUCUAUUCUAAUCGUCUCAUAAUCACCAACUUUCAAACUCUUUUUAACGCUUCCGGUCCAGAAAAGACUCCCUGUUCAAGACGCUAAAUGGCUGACUGAUCAAUCACCUCUAGGCCAAGGGAGUGAACCCCACCCCCACCCUAGUAGAGAAUCUGAAAGAUUUAUGAUCCUAAACUAUUCAAAACUGUGAUAUGUAUGAUUAUGUUAACAUUUAACAUAGAGCUGACAAAAAAUUGUUUGGUCCAUGAAGAGAAAAUUAAAGUUUAUUCGUCGAAUGGCCCCUGCUCUCGGCUUACACCCACAAUCACCUUUUCACCUAUUUCGAAUUUUUGAGAGGGCUAUCUUAUGAAUGUAUCAUAGAUGACCGUCGUACAUUAAGAAAACAUAGUUUGAAAUCCUAAAUUGAACGUUGUUUUUCCACAAUAAGGAAAGAUGUCUGCAACUGCUGGUUCAGCAAUUGCACAGGGGCCGUAUGUUGGCCGAAUCGAUCUGUGGUCAGAGUGGAGGCCUACACUUGAGAGGCCACUGUGGCUGCUUCUCUCAGGAGCUACCGAUCCACCUAAAGAAAUUGGAAUUUCUAAGAGAAGAACUCGGGAUGCACAAGGAGAUAGCAAUGGUACAUUUUUAGCUGGUGUGACUCGUGAUUUAGUUAACAUGGAAGACGUGGUUGGAACAAAACUGUUCAACACAGUUAAAGAUCUUUAUCUAACUAAGAAGCUAGCCCUCCGACAUAUCAAGAGGUUCUUCAAACAGUGCGAGCACACAAAUGCCAAGCCUAUGCUGUACUAUACAGGGCAUGGUGAAAUUGGUACUGGAAACUGGUGCCUUGCGGAUGGGACGAUUAGUAUCCAAGAGAUUUUUGACAUGAUACCUGGAGACUGCUUCUUCCCAAUGAUCUUCAGUGAUGCCUGUUACAGUGGCCACUGGGCGAAUUUCUGUCUUAGAAAAGAUCUUCCCGCUUUCCACUGCCUAGCAGCAUGUCCGGAGUACUCAACGGCUAUUGAUACCAAAGGUGUGUAUUUUUUGCAUGCUUUUAUUAUAGAAAAAUCCCAAUUAAAUUAUAGAAACGUAAAUAGCAUUCAUGAUCAGUUAUCUAACCUAGCACUUAAAUAUGAAGGCAAGACUUAUCGGACAGCUAAGUGUUAGCUGUCCGAUCAGCCUUGCCUUCAAUUCUAAGUGUUAUUUUAUACUGCUGAUUCUAAUAUACGACAAGAUCCGGCUUUUCCUCGCCGCUGUUUGUCCAAGUGGUCCUUGCAAGAAUUGUGCCUGUCUUAACUAGGCCUGUGCGUCGUUACCAGCUCAAAGUACUAGAUCCGAUCAAACAAAACUUCUGUCAUUAACCUAUAUAAAAAAACGUCCAUCGUGAUUUUUUUUCUCGCUGGAACCUCGAUGUAACAUAGGGCCAAGGGAUUGGCAAUUUUUUUUGCUAUACAAUGCAAACCCGAUAUAACGAAGCUCUAUGUAACGACACCCUCGGUUUAAAGAACGAUUUUGUUUUCAACCCGUAAUAGUAAAUUAUAUUUGAAGAGCACUGUGGGCAUAUGUGACAUCACUCACGUUCAUUCAUCUUUUUUACUUUAAACGCAAUUCACUUGAAAAUUUGCAACAAUAUAGAACUUACCAUCCCUAAAACCGAAUGUUUUGUUUUUGUUUGUCAGAUUUUGGUAUUUUUGGCGGGAAAAUGACGUCACAAAGUUGCCGCCAAUUUUGUUUUUAGUAUUGUAGGAUAUCUUAUGAUGGUUACUGAAAGAACUCACCUCAAGUAGGUCUAUCCACUCCACAGAUAUAGCGUUUGAAAUUUGAAAUUUUCCCCAUUUUGUGCUAUUUUACAGUGGAGAAAGCCCGAUAUCACGAAACCUCGUCAUUAUGGCGAACAAAUUUGCCAUUCACUUGGCCCUUCGUCAUAUCAAGGUUCUUUUCUUUUACUAUACUAGUCUAACCUUCCCUAACGGCCACCUUUCUAUACGUAUUACAACGGCCUCUUUCGUCUCGGCGGACAGUCUAUACAUUGAUUCUUGUUAGUUUAAUGGGGCACUCAGUGUGGUUAAAAGCAUUAUAAGUUUCGUUGAUUUCUACCCUUUUUCUCAAAAUUCUACCCAAGAUUUCAUUAAAUCAAAAAAUGACUCAGUUACGUUAAAAUCCUUAACUCAGUAAUUAUUUGUGAAUUUUUGGAUGGUUUUUCGAAAGUUCUUAAUGGAUAAAAUUUAGGGGGGGAGAUGUUUAAAUCUGGGGAAAAUAGGAAAAUAUUGGAUUUGGGGGUUGUUAGAAAUUAAAAUAUGAAGUGAAUAAUUUUAGUAUAAUUAGAAAACAAUUACCAGACAGUUCACCACCACAACAAGGUGCCUGUGAUACCAUUAGCGAACCAACUGGUUGACGUGUAUAAAAAAAAUACGAAACGGCAAACUGAUCCUUACGGUAAGGCGAUGAAGAUGUAAACAAAAGAAUAAAACAAAAAUAUAUAUAGUUAAACAAAUUGCCCAAUAUUUCGGUUUGAAAACAAACCUUCUUCAGGGGCUAACCCUAUUUUAUCCUUCUUUCUUUCAUUGUAAAUUCAACCCCAAUUCCCUCAAAAUUCAACUGUAAUCCCCCUUAAUCUCUUCUUAUGUUCGUCCAUGUCGUUGUUACAUCAGAACUAACAUUUCAACCUAGAUCUUUUUAUAUCUGGUAAGUUAAAACAUUUUUUUCGGAAAUAUUGCUGAUGCUAAAACAUUGUACAAAAGCUAAAUAAAAAAAGGCAAAAAAGGCCGCUUGUGACUCUGCUUCCCCUACCCCCUCAUUGAACUGUAAUAGGCCACUGGAGCAGAGUCUCUUCAGAGCUCCCACCCGCACCGGUCCACACGCACGUGGGGCGAUGGAAGUCCAAAAUGGUAAAGUACACAUAUAUACAAGCCGGAGGCUUGUUUUCUGGCUCCCGUUUGCGAUGUGCUGUAAGAGGCGCAGCAUCGGUUUGGUGUAAAAGUUAUUUAGCUUUCCACGCAGCCUCAGAAUGAGUAGAAUGAGUCAAAUACACCCAAGUGAUAUAGAGACCAUUGCAUUUUAGUAUUAUUUUCGGUGUAUUUGUGAAUUUGCUUUUAUUUAAUUCACCAACAAUGGUCAUCAUCUUGGAUUUUACCAAGUAUAAGAAAUCAGGUUAAAACCUGAAUGGUGAUUUUUUUGUGCCUGACUUGAAAAAUAACACAUAAAUAAACACUUUACAUGAUUUUAGCCAGCAAUAUUUACUUUAUAAAGAAGUUGAAAAAGCAUAUAUAGCGAAUGUUGCGAUACUUGCUCGUUUUGUCAUUUAGUACUUUUGGAGUUUUCAGUUUGUGUAUGUUAUCUCUAUAUACACUGUAUAUAUCAUCUAUGAUUGGAUUAAAAUUAUGCGAUACGGUAAGCAUGAACUUGGUAGAAUAAACAUUGGCACUUCCCUAAUAAAAAUGUCAUGUUUUACCCCUACCUCCCCAUAACUGCCACCUCUCUACAACGGCCACUUUCUUUUGUCCCCAUUUAGGUGGCCGUUGUGGAGAGGUUCGACUGUAUUAUUGGGGUAAAGAAAAUCGUUCUUUAUAUCGAUUACUUCGUUUUAUAGAGGUUCGUUAUAUCCGGGUUCUAUUCUACUGACAUUCUGCAAAUUUAAAUUAUUUGUAGAUGAAGGAGGGGAUCUAACACUGUAUAUGACAGGAAAGAAACUACGCCCAAGAACAGAGCCCAUGUAUAGUGGAGGAAAUCUAGAUGACUUCUGCAUCAGUAGUGGAUAUGAUACAGUUGGUUACACUGAUUUUAUCAGAAGCUAUAUGCGUAAUAGUGAAAACAUUUUGAUUUCCCAGAGCAUACAUAAUGGCUUCUUCUCAGGAAUUUUUGCGAGUUCAAAACUUUACAAUCCAAGACCUGGGAUAGCUUGGGGAAUGAGAAGAAAUUACGACGACUUUCUUGAGUUCGUUAAAAGGAAACGUAAAUCAGUAAAUGGAAAGUCAAGGAGGAUUUACUCCCUUGCAUGUGACGAGAAGUUUGGAUUCGGGGUGUUCUUUAUGGAAGGCUACGGCACGAAGCAAGCCAUAAUAAAAAGUACGGGUGAUGUAAGGAAACAUUGGAAUGACGGUAGUGAGAUAACUUCGUGUGCUGCCCUAGAUUCAACAUUUUACAUCGUCAUGACAAAACACACUAAGGAAUAUCAUGGAAAACAGCAGAGGUGGUUUACUAAAAGAACUCGGAGAGAAACUAAAGAUGCAAUACGGAAGGGAUACCGAGAAGGAAAAGUUAUCACUGGAAUAUGUUAUGCCAGUGGGCUGAAGCUCUAUUUUGUUGUGAUGACAGCUUCAAGGAGGGGACAGUGCUUCAGAUGGCUCGACAUGACUAAAAGAGAGGCUAAGAGAGAUUGGGUAGGCGAGAAAUAUGACCAGGGAUUUCGUCCUACUAUCGUCUUCAAUGAUCCAACUGACAAUAAAACUUUAAUUGUGAUGACUAAGGAUGGAAAUAGAUCG